UUAAUCACAACAAAGAUGUUUAAAGGUAGAGACACUGGGUGUUCUUUUCACAGCUCUGACUCUUUAAGAUUUGAAAGUCUGUCUCUUUCUGUUUUUCCUCUCUCCUCUGCAGAGACGACCAAAAGCAGGUUUUUAAAAGCCAAAAAGUCUCAGCCUGAGAACAAUGAUGUCGUCGCUGCAGAGCCCGUCCUUAAGCCGGUCCCCAAACCUCGCAGCAAAGCUCCGGAUACGACCCCCAAAGAAACCAUUUACAGAACCCCGUCUGAAGACUCUGACAGUCUGAGUGCUCCUGCUCAGGAAAACCUGCAGAGGGAGUCAGGAGAGAGGAGACCUGAGGAGACUCCAGCAGCCUGCAGAGAGGGUGAAGAUGGACUGCAGGGGUCCGGGAAGAGCUUCAGGAAGUCUCAGAGGAGGUCUCAGUCGAUUCAGGAGGAGGAGGAGGAUGCAGGAGAAGAGCGUGAAGAUGCUGCUUCUGUCAGAGAACACACUGAGACACACGACUCUCUGUUAGCUCCAGCUGCUAACACAAACAUCCUGGGUUUGGACACUCUGGAGGAGGAAGAGGAGAAAGCCAGAUUCUUCUCACAGCUCGAGGCCGGAGCUUCAUCAUCAAUAGAUUACUCCAAGCUGAACAAAGACCUGGACUCUACGAGCUCUGCCGACCUCAGGAGAGCUGAGGACAAAGAGGAGCAGAGUGAGGAUGAUGAGAGGAAGGCCAGAGUCACGGAGACCAUCAGAGAGUCUCCUCCAGGCUCUCCUCAUUACAGUGAAGACUUCGAGGAGGAAGAUGACAUCAAAGAGAAGAAGCAGGAGGAGAAGGUGUCUCCAAUUCUCGCCAAAGUUUCUCUCUAUGAUUCUCUGGAGGACACCGGGGGAGACGACAGGACGAAGAACACAGCAGGAUCUCUGGACAGAGGUCAGGCCUAUGUUCAGAGUGGAGCCUCAGAGGUGGAGGCUCUUCAUGAGGCCUACAGACAGAUCCACGUGGUGCAGGACUUAGAUGAUCAUCAUCCUGAUCAUGAAGGCAAAGCGAGGGACAGCAGACCUGCGUCUCCUCCCUCUCCUCUUCGCCAUGCAGGACAAUCUCUGCAGCCUGCUUCUACGGCCGAGUCAGAGCUCCCGACGGCAGAAGAGCUAAUGAGACCAAUUCGCCCAGAGACGGACCAAAUCAGAGGCUUCUCUCUGCAGCCCGUUAGCACUGCAGAGCUCAACAAAUGUAAGACACCCGUCCUCCUGGAAGAAACUUUCCCAGAUGUGACUUCUCCGGAGUUUCAUGUGAAGCAUCCUGCAAAGACCAGCCAGCCGUCCGGCUCUCCAGACUCACCCAACUUUAACCUGACGUGGAGCAUCCGACAGGAAGUGGAGCGGCUGAUGAAGGAUCAGAACAAACACGACUCUCCGUCAUCAUCUAAGGCUGCAAAAAGUAAAAAACAACAGGCUUCCCUUGGCUCCACUUUCUCCCGCACCUCUCCGUCGUCAGUGAGAAAACCCGUCACAGCUCCAGUGAGAGGUCGGAGAGCAGAAGGGAGGACGGCGGUGACCUCCAGGUAUUCAGGGACGAGCAGAGCGGCUACUGCUGGAUCCAAAACUCAGCCGGCUGUUACUCGUCCUCUGCAGCAUCCACAAGGAAAGACCAGAGUGACAAAGAGCCAGGAAGAAGAGAGCUGCGCAGAUCCCGAUCUGAGGGUGAGCAGUGAGCUGGUGUCAUCAGUCCAGUCUUUAGUGAGCGUCCUGAAGCAGCAGAUGGACUCCAGCCGUCACACGGAGGCUGCAGAAACACAAGGAGACACUUUUCUACAAGACGUCAGGUCGUCACGUCAUCUUCAAAACAACAAGAGGGAGGAGGAAGAGGAGGAACGCCCUCUGCUGGAGGAGCUGAGAGUCCAGCUGGCUCGGAGAGAGAGGGAGCUGCAGGCGAUGAAGGCGGAGGUCGAGGAGGUGACCACGCUGAGACAGCAAAUCUUCUUGCUGCAGAGCAAGCUGCGGAGUGCAGAAGAAGUGAGUCAGAAGAAGAGAUCAGCGGAGGUGGCUGACUCUGCUGCAGAGGAGAGACAGAUGGAGAAAGAAAUCAAAGAGCAGGAGACGCUCAUUAAAGGUUACCAACAGGAGAACGAGAAGUUGUAUCUGCAGAUGAAAGCUCAGCAGGCCAAGAGUAAAGCCAACGAGGAGGCCAUGUUCAACGAGAACCAGACUCUGCUGAACCAGCUGGCCUUUACCAGGGACCAAGUGAAUAAAAACUCAAGGCCUGUUGGAAACGUAUGCGUCAUGGAUCACACUCGACGCAUCGCGGACCUGUUGGCUCAAAUCGACUCGUUUCAGAGGACUGAGGUGAAGCUGUGUGACCACGUGCACACACUGCAGCAGGAGAAGCAGGCUCUGGAGGUCGACCUGCAGCUGAUGAAGACCGAGAGAGACCGGGCUAGAACUCAGGCCAUGUCUCCCUCAGGUGAUAAGACGUUGGAGCUGUGUGUGCUGGAGAAAAAGCACAGAGAGGAGGUGUCAGCUCUGAGGAGGAAGCUGCAGUGGUUUGCUGAGAAUCAGGAGCUGCUGGACCGAGACGCAGGACGACUGAAGGCUGCCACGGCGGAGAUACACCAACUCCAGGAGCAGGUUGAAAAGCUGAAAUCUGACGUUAGCAGACGGAGCGGUGAGCAGCAGAGGAAAUCCAGAGAGAAAACCGCUGAAACCAAGAGGAUGCAGGACCUGGAGCGGCAGGUGAAGGAGCUGGAGCAGAUACUGAGACGCAGAAACCCAAACUCUCUUCCUGCUUUGAUCUACGCUGCAGCCACAGCUGGAGGUCCAGAGGAAGCCAACACAUCCCCGCCACACAGGAUCAACGCCCUGCUGGAAAGGAGGAUCCAACGUUUGGAGGCGGAGCUCGAGGGUCACGACGAGGAGGCCAAACGCAGCCUGCGGGCAAUGGAGCAACAGUUUCACAGGAUCAAGCUCCGCUACGAGCAGCAGAUCUCAGAUCUGGAGCAGCAGCUGGAGCAGAAGCAUCAGUUAGAAGCUGCAGGUUUGAAAGCCGAGGCCGAGCCGAGCAUGUCUCAGGUUCAGAUCCUGGAGGAGGAGCUGCAGCGUGCCAAGGAAACCCACCAGGAGAAAGAAAAGUCCCUCCAGGACCAGAUGGAGUCUCUACAGCAGCAGCUCAAACAAAAGGCCCAGCAGAGUCCGGGCCGACACCAGCGUCAAGCCGAGGCAGCAUUUGGCGUCCGAACAGAUCGUCUGAACCAGGAGCUCGCUGCAAAGACCAGAACCAUUCAGGAGUUGAGUCACACCGUGGAGAGACUGCAGAAGGAGAGGAGGGGCAUGCUGUCUGUCCGAAAACCACGACCACAACCUCGUCCUGCAGAAACUAAGAAACAAGCAGGACCUGCAGAAACUGUUGGUUCAGCUCCUGCAGGAGAGGAGACGUUCCCAACCGCUCAGUACGAGAAAACAUACCAGCCCACCAUCUUCACAGGUAGCCACAUCUCUGAGGUUCUGCAGGAGAACGAGGACCUGAAGCGAGACCUGGAGCUCCUGCAGCUGCAGAGCGAGCGGGAGAAGGAGGCGAUGAUGGCUGACGCUGCUCAGGCGAGGGAGGAGCUGUGCAGGCUGCAGGAAACCUCAGCAGAGCAGCUGACCUCUCUGAAAGCAGAACACCUCCGGGUGUUGGAUCAGCUGCGGGCCUCUCACGCUCUGGAGCACGCCGCUUCGAAGGUCGCUGAGCUGACCAAUCAGCUGCACGCUCAGGAGAUGACGGUGAAACAUCUGCAAGACCAACUCAGAGAGCUGCACGGAGCAAAGGAUGCUUUGGUGAUAUCUAGGACCCGAGAGGACGCGCUGCAGAAACAGCUGACCCGACUGCUGCAGGAGCUGAAGGACGCCAAAGAAGCUCAGAGUCCGGAGGUGAAGCUGAUGUGCAACCUGGAGAGGAAGAUCUUCAACAUGGAGCUCAGACACCAACACAGAGAGAAGGAGCUGCAGCAGGUGAUCGGCAGCUCGUGGCAGACACUCGACUCUGAUCAGCUGUCGGAGGUGGAGCGAUGGAAACGUCUGGCGCAGGAUAAGAGCAGAGAGGUGGAGGCUUUCCGUCUGGAGCUGGACUCCAUCCUGGACAUCCUGAGACACCUGCAGAGACAGGGCGUGGUCCUGACCCCCAUCAGCACCAUCACAGCUCCCAGAUCCACCCAGAGGUGAUAAAGGCUGGAUGUCUUUUAUUCAGACUUUAAUAUUUAACGUAUACAUUGUGUAACUUCUGAUUUAAGUUAUUGUAAUUUAAAGAAAGUGAAAAUAAAUCGUUUCUCAAAACUUCAA